AUGGGUUUCGGGCCUAUUGGGCUACCCCAGAUCCUGAUUAUUUUGUUGAUUGUUCUGCUGAUUUUUGGCGCCAAGAGGCUGCCUGAAAUCGGAUCAUCACUGGGCAAGGGGAUCCGCAGCUUUAAGAGUUCGGUGACCGGCGAGGAAGAAUCCAACCAGACCACUGUGAAGAGCGAGACAUCCGAUUCGAACACUGAACCCAAGUGA